AACUUUGAUAUGCCUACCAAGAUAGCACUAUUUUAGAGUAAGUAUAAAUUUGAUAAACAUACUUUGCUUAGAAGGAAUAUAAAUACACAAGACCUGUUGUUAGAUUGGCAGUUAUAUCAUUAUCCCCCUUUGCCUUGUCGAGCCGGAUUGCAUUGAUUGGAAAUAAAUAAAUUCAGAAGCUAGGCACAGUUUGGGUUAAUAUUGUUGAAAUAUCCCGAUAUUAAAGGGGAUAAUUAAAAACUUUUGUUAAAGUCAUUUUUACCUAACAUUAUAUCCCGGGUCUUCUUGUUCCUUGAAUAAAUCCCUUAAGGUGAAAACUGUCAUAAAAUAAUGCUUAUCCCUUUAAGAAAUUUCGGGAAACCAAAAAGGAUUGGUACUUUGUGAGAUAUAAUAAUAAACACACGUAGUUCCAAGUUAUCUCAUUUAUAGUCCUAAGUUAAUCUCAUUUUUGAAUAAUAGAAUGGGAACGUUGUGUUCUGUGUGUGGAGGAAAGGAAAUCAGAACGCCAGGAAACGAGAGAGAACUCGUAUCUGAACACAUAUGCCAAAUUGCAAGUAAACUUUCAAGAGUACCAUUUAAAGUACGAUGUGUCGUGUUAUACAACAAAUUCUACAAUGAGGUUAUCCAUAAAGGAUUUAUAAACUCCUUCAGAGACGACAACAUAUACGCAAAGGACUGGUCGACGGUUGUUGGCAGUUACGUAGAGAAAACGUGCGUGAAUAGUUCUGACGUCGAUUUCAUGCGUGAUACUGGUGAGGUAUUCGCAGACGCUGAUGAUAUACCAAAUGACAGGAUGAGUGGGUUAAUAGUCACCACAGACCAUUCUAGAAUGCCGCCUGGUUCAUGUUGGCUUCGAUAUCAUAAUACGACCAGGUUUGACCGAUAUUCGGAUCCACCAAAACACAGAAACGGUGUAGAAUGGUUUUUGAAGUGCGGUGAUAAAAUCAAAUAUGCAAACACUGUAUGUCGUGCUAAAACAAUUGAUGGACACACAUGAACCACGCAAAUCAAUGUUUGACUAUUCUGUUUGCAGUACACCUGCUUUACAAGCGAAUAAAGAUGGAUAUCAUUACUUCUCAAGAAAAAUGGUUGAAGAAUUUGACUCCACUAAUGGAUUAACGGUAUUAAAUACUUUCAAUAAAAUGCUCCCUAAAUGGAUGAAUCAUGGCCCGGCAUUCAAACAAACGUAUUUUGGAUGUUUCGACGUGGAUAUUGUCAACUCCUUUAACUGUUCAAAAGGUUGGCCUGACUCAGCUAAGGAAUGGCAAAAUCGACCGAGAAAGUGGCCACAAAAAGACCUAGUUACAAAAAUUGUUAAUUCGGGGUUUCACGUUGUUCCAAUAGCUUCUAAAAUACAAGGAACUGAAAACCCGGACUUGGAAUGGAGGAUAUCUUUCAGGACUGCGGAAACUAUGCUUGUUCAGUCUUUCAGUGAAUGUCAAAGGUUGUGCCUAAUUACACUCAAGGUUCUGGUCAAGGAGCACAUAGAAUCCAAGUUCCCGGAUAAAGAUUUUAUGUCGAGUUAUAUCAUGAAAACACUGGUGUUUUGGACUAUAGAAGAAACGGAUGCGUCAGUUUGGGAGGAGAGCAACAUGACAGUUUGUCUCAGUCUGUGUUUAGAGAAGUUGAAACGGUGGUUGAAGGUCGGGUUCUGUCCAAAUUAUUUCAUCCCUGAUUACAAUCUGUUCAGAACAAAAUUACACAGAAUGUUUAUUCUGGGUUUUCGAGAGUGGCUUAUAGCAGAACUUGAAAGGGACGACUGGAGGAUUCUUCUCCGCUGUAAAUCAUUCAAGCAUCUCAGAAACUAGCCAAAGUAUAUGACAUUUGUGCUCGUGAAGCAUGUGACAAUGCAGGAAAAUGUCUAUAUAAGCCAUCGGCUUUCGAUCCUAUCCUAAGGGUAUUUCUGAAUUUGUUACAUUGUAUACAAUUUGUAAACCACCUAUUACGCUAAUAAAAUAUGUUUAAACCCCAA